AUGUCGACGCGUAAGAGAAAGCAAGAGGCCGAGGAAGAGGAAGAACUUCAAGCACUCCCCAGCGACGAGAGUGAAGAGGAAGAAGAAUAUGAGGAGUCUGAUCUAGGUAGUGAGGAAGGCAGCGGAGGGGAAGAAGAAGGCUCCGAGGAAGAAUUAGAAGAGGAAGAGGAAGAGGAAGAGGCCCCCGAAGAUAAAGCCCCUGCUCCCAAGAAACGCAAGACCGGCCCUGCGCGUGAAGACGAAGAAGUGGAAGAAGAGGUAAAAGAAAAUGGUAAGGAUGCCGGCGAGAAUGGAGUCGGAGAAGAGGAAGAAGAAGUGGCAGUCGAGGAAGAAGACGAAGAGGAGCCAGAAGAAACGGCUAAGAGUAGCGCCCCGGCUGCCGCGGCAGCGAAGGCUAAGGGCGAGACUGUUCCCAAAGAACCCGAGGUUGCAGAGGAGAAUGCUGAAUAG